ACAAAAAAUCAAAACAAAUAAGUUAAGGGAAAAGUGUAAAAAAACCUAAAAUAAAAUUAUUGUUAAUAAAUUUCAAGACCAUGUACAGGACUAUCUACAGGUUAACAGUGUUACUAACAAUAUUGACGCAAGCAAUAAAAAUAAAAAGAGUAUACGGAGAAAGAUUACGGGACAAAAUUUACGUGCCUAUUAACGGAGCAAGUUGUUUUCGCCGUUUGAAUGGCACCCAUCAAGUAGGAUGCACAUCCACUCAAUCUGGUUCUGUGGGUGCUUUGCAUUUAAUUGAAGAAAAAUCAGAUUUUGAUUUUCUUUUAAGAAGUCUUUCCGCCCCGCCUUAUGCUCCUAUGAUACCGCCUUACCUCUUUUCACGUGAGAAUAUAAUGCGCUUAAAGAAUGAAGGUGGUCGUAACAUUUCAGUGGUUUUGCUCAUCGAUUCUAACACCGACAAAAUGACAAAUUUCUCACACGAGUUGCAGUGUCCUAACCAGUACAGUGGAAUAUUCUUGCCAAACAGUAGCAGUACAGAAUCGCCCACAUGUGGGGCGAAUAAUCAAGAAGGAACUUGGAACCCUUGGGGCACCGGUUUGUUAUACGAAGAUUUACCGUUUCCGGUUUAUUACGUGCCCGAUCAAGAUGAAAUCAAAAAACUUAUUAAAUGCUUUGAAGACUUUAAUAAUUUUGAUUACGCUUCACACUCUCGUAGAUCUCUUUGCGCAAUAGAGGUGAACACAUUUAUGUCGGCGGCCGUCAGUACUGAAGUAUGCAUGAGACGCACGAAAUUUAUAAAUAACUUAGGGCGUACGCGUUACUGUGACCCAUUGGAGGGUAAAAAUGUCUUUGCCACUCUCUUUCCACGUAAAAUUGAAAACCGUCUUGACUAUGCUGCUAAUCAAGAGAAAUAUAUAAUGGUUACUUGUCGUCUGGAUAGCACCUCAAUGUUUGAAUUAACUGGUUUGGGCGCCAUGGAUUCGUUAAUGGGUUUUGGCACUCUCGUGAGUGUUGCUCAUAUGUUAAAGCUACUACUGCCGGAUCAAUCGAUAUUGAAAAACCGCCAGCUGAAUGUAAUGUUUGUCAUACUUAACGGCGAAUCCUAUGAUUAUAUCGGUUCUCAAAAAUUAGUAUUUGAUUUGGAAAAUUUAGCUUUUCCCCCACGCUAUACACGCAACGCACCUAUAGCAUUCGAUAAUAUUGAGUUUGUGCUGGAUUUAAAUACAUUUGACGAAAUAUCUUCAAUCAGAUUACAUAGCAUUAGUGAAUUUCCUCAAGCUAAAGAACUUCUAAGUAAACUAAAACGGUACGGUUCCCGUAAAGAAUAUGAUUUUAAUAUUGAAUUCAACAGUUCGCUAGGCUACGAGAUGCCACCUAGCUCUAUUCAAUCAUUUUUACGUAAAAAUACUUCAUUUCCUGCUUGUGUAUUAAAUGCUCCGCCGACAAAUCGUUAUUAUCAUUCGAUUUAUGACGACGAGGUUAACAUAAAAUUUCAUUAUGCUAACACUUCGCGGGAUUACACUCAACUUAUGUCAAUAGAUGAAGCGUUUCGUUAUUUCCCGGCUGACUCAGUACAAAUGAAAAUUCGAAAUAUAUCCUCAGUGGUUGCAAUGGCCUUGUAUGAGAUGUUAACCUACGAGAAUUAUACAUCCAAUAAAUUAGCUAAUCCAUUACUGAUUGAUGAAUUUCUCUAUUGUUUUACAAUGUCAGCUGAUUGUCCACUUUUUAAAGCUGCUUCAAAACCGAAUAGUUUGCCAGCUUUGCAGAUACCGCCAAAUAGAUAUAUAAGUGUGGCCGGAAGUCCUCAAGAGUCAACUGGUUGGACUUAUCGUAUUCUGGGUUAUUUGUUAUCGAAUAAAUUGGAAAAUAUUAGCGAAAGUAAAUGCAAUUACUUGCCACGUCAUUGGUUUGCCGGUUUCGACGGUAAAGGUGAAUGCCGUUUUACAACACAAAACUAUUCUCUGGCCCUUAGCCCUGCCUUUAUUAUUGAAGAUUACAAUUGGACUUCGGGGGAAUAUUCAACAUGGACUGAAUCAACUUGGGCGCCAUUUAGCGCCCGUAUGUUUCUCCGUCCUUCACGUUUACAUGAGACAAUUACUUUCUCAAUUGGUUGCGUAGUUCUCGUCAUCUCAUUUUGUUUAAUUUACAUAAUCAGUACAAGAGCAGAAGUAUUGUUUGAAGAUACCGGUCCUGGGGCCAGCACCGAUGCGUUAGCACCACCAACAGCUUGUUAGUGCACAACGGCACAUGAAACUCUCUACAACUGCACGAAACAAGGGCAAUUGGCAACUUCAGAUGUGCUACAAAAGUCCAAAUCUUACAAAAUGUUCAAGCAUAAUGUUAAAAACGAAAUUCUUAAUUUUCUUAACAUGACAACAACAGCUUUCAUAACACAUCUUUACUCAUUAAAACUUAAUCAAUACUUAAAAAAGACUAAAUAACCGGAUAAUUAGUGAUUAUCUGAAUUUUUUUCACCUUCAUAUUUAUUUGUACCUUUUUUAGCUUUUUCUAUUUUUGAUAAUUACUCAUA